ACCUUUACAAGCUUUUAGGUACCUUGUGAAGUACGCGCUCAGCGACGAUCAAACGAGGAACCUUGCGGUAUUGACAAAGACUUCCCGAGACUUGCCAAACAUCAAAUACUCGCCUUUGUGAGAACAGAAUAGUAUACCACGACCUUGCCAACAUCAAUCGGAUGGAAACCCCGAUAUAUAUUCUUGGACUUGGUAAUCUGGGGAAAUAUGUCGCCCACGCCCUCAAGAAACAGUCUUCAAGGACGCAUGUAACCCUUUUAUUGCACAGAGAAAGCCUAUUAGAAGAAUGGCAACGCUGCGGGCAGACCAUCGACUGCGUUCGCGAUGGAGCUAGCGACAAAUUGUCCGGAUAUUCGACAGAUCUGCUUUCAGGGUCCUCUCCAAUCAAUAAUCUUAUCGUGACGACCAAAACAUACAAGACAGUCCAAGCACUUGCACCUAUCAGGCACAGGCUUGGCCCUGAAUCCAGCAUAUUGUUUCUUCAGAAUGGGAUGGGAGCUAUCGAGGAGGUCUCUACCAGUCUAUUUAAGGAUGCCAAAUUGCGCCCCAACUACUGGGCUGGCAUCGCAAGCGUGGGAAUAUACAAGCACGGCCCUUUCUCCAUCGUGCACGCUGGUAAAGGCAGCCUAAUCCUUGGAAAAGUAGAAGGGCGCACUGAUGCCUCCUCACCAGCAGAUGCGCGCAGAGGGAAUUUUAUGGUGCAACGCCUCCUCGAAUCAGACGGACUUGCAGCCAAUUUGGUGGAGCCCGAGUUACUCAGGAUUUCGCAACUUCAGAAGCUGGCGGCCAACGCGAUAAUCAACCCAUUGACGGCUUUACUUGGCUGCGUUAAUGGCGAAGUUUUUGGCAGUUCAUCCCGAAAGAAUGUCAUCCAACAGCUUAUAGCAGAAACGGGAGCAGUGAUCCGUGCCCUUCUACCGUCCAAGGCGGGAGAGGAAAUUCGCGAGCAAUUCUCCGACCAGAGUCUUUCCCAAUAUAUUACGGAGGUGGCGACAAAAACGGCACAGAACUCUUCAUCGAUGCUGCAAGAUUUUCGAGCCGGCAGGGAGACCGAGAUUGGGUAUAUCAACGGAUACAUUGUAGAACAGGCCAAGAGACUUGGGCUGCCGCACGCGCGCAAUUCGGCCCUUGUGAAUAUGAUCAAACAAAGGAAAGCCCUAUCUGAAGAUGACGAAGUCAUUCCCAAGCUGUCUGGACCGCCAUAGCUGAGAUUCAUAUCAUAUAGCCGUUCAAUCGGUGUGGGCAUCCUACGUUCGCGUGGCUAAAGAGCUGUAAAAGCAUGGGAUGACAUUUACAAACUACCCAGCCAAGCGGCUGACAGAAUUAAAACUACACCCAACCAUUUGCUACAUUUAUACUGCAGAAUAUGCAAUCAAAGAAAACUCAAAGCGACCAAAAUACCAGACUACUUAGAUUCUACUAUUUAUGCACGUUAUAAGCCAUUAAUCGCUGUUUUGGUUGAAUAAUAAAAUUUUA